ACUGGUGCUCUGAAGAGGUUGGACUCGAAGCUCUGCAGCAGCUGGCCCGAGUGGAGCUCCCCGAGGAAGUAGGAGGAGCUCUGGACAUACGUCGUCUCCCCGUACUUGAUUCUGGGGGCGUGGCUCUUCACCUGUCUCUGUGAGGAGAGAGAGAGAGAGAGGUCACUGGUAGAGGUGGGAUGAUGAGGACUAGGGCAGAUCCAAGUGUCCUUUAUGGAGAGGAUUUCUUAAUUUGUAGGUUCCACAGUGAGGAGAGGAGGAUGUUGUUCACAGUACUCUGCCAGGACCAGCUCCCCGUCACAGGCACUCAGAUCCUCCGGGGUCCUCAUGAAGAAGACCUCUCCUCCUCCACUGCUCUCCCUCUCCUUCUCUCUCUCCUACAACCAGCAGGGGAACAACGA